CGGAGUUCCACCUCCGAUCACAGUGAGCGGACGUCGACAACUCCUUUACACGCCCCAACGAUGCCGCCGUCGCAGUUGAAGCAGCUUAAGGCUUCUCUUCGAGAUGGAGGAUUGCUGGGCCCACAGCAGUCCAAGAAGCAAAAGCAGCAGAAUGCAAAGUCCGGUGUUGCCGCGCAGAACCGUAUUCAGCGCAACAACGCCUUGCAGGCCAUCCGCGAUCGAUUCAAUCCGUUCGAGAUCAAGACUACUUCGCGCCCGAAGUUUGAUGUAACUACCCGCGAUGUGCCGAAGAAGAAUGCCGGGCAGGCCAGACCUGGUGUGACCAAGUCUCACGGUGAAGAGAAGAGGCGCCAAACCCUUCUCCAGGAGAUGAACCGGCGCAACAAAGUUGGCGGUAUUCUCGAUCGUCGUUUCGGUGAGGACGAUCCGACGAUGACGCCGGAGGAGAGAGCGGCCGAGCGAUUCGCCAGACAAAGCCAAAAGAAAUUGAGGAAGGAAUCUAUGUUCAAUCUUGAGGAUGAUGACGAGGAGUUUCAGCUUACUCACAUGGGAGAAUCUCUGUCCUUCGGAGAGGGUGUCAACCUAGAUGAUUUCCAGGAGGGCGAUCUGGGGGCAGAGGAGGACAACGAUGAUGAGGAGUUGCCCAGGAAGAGGAAACGGAUGUUGGAGGAUGAUGACGACGAUGCUGAUCUGGCGGACAUGAUCUACGAUGACGAAGAGGGAGAAGAACAGCCUGAGCGAAAGAAGUCGAAAAACGAGGUCAUGAAGGAGGUUAUCGCCAAGUCGAAAUUCUACAAGCUCGAACGGCAAAAGGCCAAAGAAGAUGAUGAUGACCUCAGAGAAGAGCUCGACAAGGGACUUCCCGAUCUGUUUGACAUGCUGAGGGGCGUCAAGCCACCAGCCAAGCCAGAGCCCCCUAAGGAUGAUCUAGCGGCAAUGAAUCCCGAGCGGGCCGCGAUAUUACAAGGGAAAACCCCCGAUGAUGCCGAAAAAGAGUACGAUCAGCGCUUAAAGCAGUUAACCUUCGACAAGCGGUCCGCGCCCACUGAUCGUACCAAGACUGCCGAGGAACAGGCCGAGGAGGAGGCUCAGCGCCUGAAGACUCUUGAAGAAGAGCGACUUCGACGUAUGCGUGGCGAGGAGUCAAGCGAAUCCGAAGCCGAGGUGACGGAGGAAGAUGAAGAUGAAGAUGGGGACGGCGAAGGAUCAGACGAUGAGUCAGUCUUCGACGACGCAAAGGCUUUCGGCUUGCAACAGCCUACCGAGACGAUCACUCGUCCUGAGCUUGGGGUCGAAGACGAAGAUGAUUUCAUUAUCGAUGACGAUCUUGUGGAGACGAGGUCAGAUGUGAGUCUGUCUUUCGAUGAGGAAGAGGACAUGGAAUCCGGUGAAGGCUCGGAGGAAGAGGAAGACGAAGAUGAGCAAGAUGACGAGCUUAUCAACGGACUUUCGAUUCCUGGACUCGACGAUGGAAAUGCCACAGCAGCGGCAAACGGCGCAAAAGAGGUCAGCGAUGGACUGGCAUUUACAUAUCCUUGCCCCGGCAGCCAUGAAGAAUUCCUAGAGAUCAUCAAAGAUGUUCCAAUGCAGGAUCUCCCAACCGUCAUUCAACGGAUUCGAGCCCUGCAUCACCCCCGUCUUCAUAGCGACAACAAGACGAAGCUCAGCCGCUUUGCUGGCAUUCUCGUUCAACACGUCGCAUAUAUGGCUGAGCUAUCGGACCACCCUCCUUUCUCAAUCGUGGAGAACAUCCUCCGUCAUAUCCACUCUAUGGCCAAGAGCCACCCUGAAAGCGUUUGCCAGGCUUACAGAGCCCACUUGCGCCAGAUUGCGACUGAUCGCCCUCUGAACCUUCGCCCCGGCGACCUGCUUAUCCUAACUGGAAUUGCGACCACUUUCCCAACUUCUGACCAUUUCCAUGCCAUCGCAACGCCCGCCCAUCUCUGCAUUGCCAGGUACUUGGGCCAGGGUGCUGUCAACACCCUUAACAACUUUGCAACGGGCGCCUACGCAGCCAGUCUCUGCCUGCAAUACCAGGCCAUCUCGAAGCGCUACAUGCCAGAAUUCAUCAACUACUCACUGAACGUCCUUUACCACCUCAGUCCGGAGGAGCAGACCGACGCAUCCGCUCUGGGAUUCUUUCCCUCCCGGAGCCCAUCCGCGUCUCUCCAACUGAAUCUUUCUUCCAAGCCCAUCUCUUCCCGCAGACUUCGAUUCUGGGACGUGGCGGAUGCGCCUGAAGAUGACGAGCAACUCAAGCUCUCCAUCAUCAACACCCUUGUCAACCUUCUUUCCUCCGCCUCCGAUAUCUGGUCUGGCAAGUCCGCCUACACCGAGAUUUUCUCCCCUGUAGAGAAAGUCCUCUCCUCCCUUUUCCAAGCUCUCGACAUCACAACGAAGGGCAAGGGUAAAGCCAGCAAGAACCUCAUCCCCUCCUCCGUGCUCGAUGCUUUCAAGUCGACCCUCGACAAGAUCACCGCACAACUCUCCCAAGCCCGCCAAGCCCGUCGGCCCCUACUCCUCCAUAACCAUAGGCCCCUCGCUAUCAAGACUGCGAUUCCCAAGUUCGAGGAAACCUUCAACCCCGACAAGCACUAUGAUCCCGACCGCGAGCGCGCGGAGGCCAAUCGUCUCAAGGCGGAAUACAAGCGCGAGCGCAAGGGUGCCAUGCGCGAGCUCCGCAAGGACGCCAACUUCAUCGCACGCGAGAAGCUGCGCGAGAAGAAGGAGCGCGAUGCGGAGUACGAACGCAAGUACAAGCGCCUCGUGGCUGAGGUGCAGAAUGAGGAGGGCAGGGAGGCGAAUGCUUAUGAGAGAGUCAAGAGGAUGCGACAGGGCAAGCGGUGAUCACGACGAUCUUGGCGCCUCUUUUCCCCGACUCCAUUACAUGGUUGCAUCUUUCUCCUUCGCUGGUUUUGGCCUCAAAUGUGUCUCUUGCAAGCCGGUCUUGGAUGCGUGGAUGGGUGGAUUGCUGCCGGGGUCUCGCCUCUGCGUCCCACCCAACAUCCUGGAGUAUGCUCUGGCACAUCUAUGUAUAUAUCCACCAUUUUCUUUUAUAUCUACUACAGUAUUUUAUCGACGGUGUUGGGCAGAUAG